UUUCAGUGCAUCUCAUGCUCCAAGACGUAUUCAGCACUCAGGAGUCUCCAGAAACAUCAGCGGGAGCUUCAUCCACGAAUCGACGCAGGGGGGGAACCAGAACCAUUAAAGUGCACCCUAUGCAACAAGUCAUUUCGCAAUCCUCAAAAUUUGCGAUUACAUCUCCGAACCCACACAGGAGAAAAAGCGUUCGAGUGUUCUGUAUGUACCAAGAAGUUCUCUCUAGCGAGCCGCCUGCGGAGACAUCUGCAAAUCCACACUGGAGCAAAACCAUUCAAGUGUACUUUUUGUCCCAUGACAUUUGCUGUGCGUGGAAGUUUGCUAUCACAUCACCGAACGCACACUGGAGAAAAACCAUUUGAGUGCACAUUAUGUUCUCAGAAGUUCUCUCAAUCCUCAGCUCUGCGAAUUCACAUGCGUAUUCACACAGGGGAGAAACCAUUUAAAUGCACCUUGUGUUUUAAGGAUUUUCGCCGACUUGGUAACCUGAAAGAUCAUAUGGGUGUCCAUACUGGAGAGAAGCCGUUGGAGUGCACUUUGUGCUCGAAGAAGUUCAGAUUGCCGUACACGUUGAGGGCUCAUCUUCGAAUCCACAGCCAAGCUGGAGUGGAACAAUAUGAGUGCAAAGUGUGUCACAAAAAAUUUCCUCGAUCUGACUAUCUGUGGAAUCAUCUCCGAACCCAUUCAAGAGAAAAGCCACAUGAGUGCACCGUAUGCGACCUGUACGCGCACGAGCGCACUGUGCACGGCCGCCACCGCACGCACCACUGCGAGCUCUGCGAGCGCGCCUUCACCCUGCGGCCGCUGCUGGUCCGGCACGUCCGCCGGGCCCACGCGCAGAGCCCCGAGGAUGCCGAGGCCGCUGAGGACACCGAGAACGUGGGCAGACGGCCGCAGCCAUCGGCCCGCUCGGCGUACGGCCGCUACCUGGACGGGCUCUCGUCGGAGGCGCUCAGGAGCCUCUACGAGCAGCAGUUCGGCCUGGGCAACAACAACUGUCAUGGAGAGCAGCAUCAGGCCGGCCGACAUCUGGGUGACACUAACGGACCCAAGUGCGACCUGUGCCCACCGCCCGCAACUUCGGAGCCAAUGCCGUCGCCUGCGGGGCCGCCCACCCCGCCGCCCUCACCGCCCCCACUGCCGGCAACCGCCCCCGCGCUCGGACCGCCGCCAGGGGCCAAGGAGACACUUGGUGAAGUUUCAUUGCAGAAUAAUCAGACGGUGAACUCUUCUACGAGUGCGUCCAAGGAAAACGGGAAGCGGCGGCCGGGGAGACCAAGGAAGCAGCGCCCAGAGAGUGCAUCUGGGGCUGCUUCAGAAGAAGCCUGCAAGCCGAGCCGGGGACGACCAAAGAAGCAGCAUCCAGAGCAGAGCGCCGGACGCAAGCAGCGCAUCAGCAGUAUUCUUGUACCUCAAUUUUAUGAAAUACACAGUUUUUCCACACUUGCCACAGUUUUUGUUCGCUAG